AUGCAUGUUAGAUUCGAGCCUGGAUGGUUGAUCCAAUUCGUUGUUGUUGCCAACUACGUUGUGAGGGCCAUCAUCUUUGAUGACAAAGGUUGUCAUGUGACUAGAUCAAUUGAAGAUAUUUUCCCACAUCUUGAUUUACGUUUUUGCCAUGAAAUAAAGGAAGAUUCAUACGACAGUGCGAUGGUUUACCCAUCGAUAAUUCCUAUCUUUCAUAUAACAGAUCCAUAUAUUGCAAUUCGGUUUUUAUCCAAAGAGUAUACUUGGAGAUUUGAAAUUGUUAAAAAACAUGGUGCAAUUAUUGGUUUCUCUGGCGUCGACUGGAAAGAUUUUUAUAAGACAGUUCAUUUGGAAAUUGGGAACCAUUUGGUAUUUGUAUUUCAAGUUGGCAACAAAUUUGGACUUAGUGUCUUCGGUGCUGAGGGUAUUAUGAGUUUUCAGCUUACGACAUUGUCGAAUCUGAUGAAUCCGAUGCAAAUUCCAGUGUAUUUGAUCGUCAAGCAUAGACUCAUGGAAUAUGAAGAUGUCAUAAUCUUGUACAAAGGAAAAAUAACACACAUGUCUAUGCAACAUGGUUGUGAAAAAAUUGGGUUUGGUGAUGUAUUGGUGAAACCCAUACAUAUUACCGGAGAUUGGCAAGGUUUCCUAGAAAAAUAUAAUCUUCAAGUUGGCCACAUGUUGAUGUUCAACGUAUACCUUAAAAAUUCUGAGACUGAUGGAACUUUAGUUUUGAUGCCUGAUCCUAUUUCUACGGUGGAUAUGUUAGAUUAA